UCUCGAUACCCCGCGCCGCUUGAGGCGGUUUUCGGCCCCCCUACACGAUCACCGCACAACCACCGCCACAACACAGAACACCGCACCACUCACUGCUCCCACUCGGUGAAGACGAGGGCGGGAAACGGAGAGAGAACAAGACUGGGAGAGAGGCUGUGGGACAAUCGGGACAGGUCUGAAUACGAUCGACGCAUAGAGCAUCAUGGAGGGAAACGCUGGUUCGGGUUCCACAAGGCCUGGUGUUGGCGUAGGUGGCACAAGAUUUUUUUCCGCAACGUGUGGCACUGAAGUUCCUGGAAAUAUAUUGGCAAAGUUGAACGAUUAUUGGUCGGGCCCUUCAAUGUAUGACCCUGUGGUAGCUCGGGCCCGAGAGCCCUCAUCCUUGCUUUGAACGAGAUGUGCGACGGGAAGCGUUGGUACACGUCUACCAAGGAACUGCAGCAGGCGUCCCUGGAGUUCUGCAUCGCGUGCCGAAAGUAUCAGACCUUGCGGUUGAGAGUGGACGUGCAAACCCCACGUACCCUGCUGGCGGCUGUGGACGCCCCAUCCCCGCACUCGAAACGGCCAUGCCGGACACGGGUCCCACGGCUUCGGGCGCGCCGCGUGAUAUGGAACAUGCCGACAGCAACUGAAUUGAAAUCCCCGAUAUUUGCAUUGAAGGACGUCGUCCGCCUGGACUUCGGACCUGCCUUUGAAGGCAGCCUUGAGUCUGUGGCAUGGCCGCAACGGCUGAAAGAAAUCGAUUUUUCCUGGGGUUCACUGUUCAACCAACCCAUAGAAGGUGUCGAGUUUCCGCCAUCGCUGCUGGAGCUCAGGUUGAGCGACGCUUUCGACCAACCGAUUGAAGACGCCAUUCUGCCGAAAUCGCUGCAGUUUUUCAUGUUUGGGGAUGACUUUAACCACCCUGUAGAUGAUAUCAGGUGGCCCCCGUCGCUUGAACAAGUUUUUUUCGGAAAACAUUUCAACCAGCCGAUCGAGGAAGUUGUGUGGCCGUCAUCACUGAAGGAGCUCACCUUCGGGUAUCGUUCGCGUUUUGACCAACCGAUAAAGGACGUGGAGUGGCCGGCAUCCUUGCGGCAGCUCACGUUUGGCGAAGCCUUUGACCAGCCGAUUGAAUCGGUUACCUUUCCGGCGUCGCUGGAGGAGCUUGCUUUUGAUACGGAUUUCAACCAGCCCAUUGAGGGCGUUACGUGGCCAGAUUCACUUCAGAGGCUCGCCUUUGGAUUUUUAUUCAACCAGCCAAUUGAUAACGUACGGUGGCCGGCAUCCUUGGAAGAAGUUUGUUUUGGAAAGCACGAAAGUCAAGGUUUUGACCACGCCAUAAUGUUCUCGGAGUUUAACCAGCGUGUCGACAUGUGCGCGUGGCCUGCAUCGAUGCGGCGACUUACGCUAGGGCACAAGUUCAGGCAGUCGCUUCAAGGACUGGGGACAUGGAUACCCAACCUUGAGAUAUUUCAUUUUCUUGAUCAUAGUAAUGGUUCAGGUGACGAAGAUAGCCUUCUGCGCGGGAUCGAAUGGCCUACGGGCCUUCGUCAGCUUGCCGUGUUUAGGGACUCGAGGUUAGAUGGGGUCAUAAUUCCUUCAACUGUAGAGGUCUCGCGUCUUUGCAACGAAUCCCCAACAUGGUAGGUAUGCCAUGUAGACUUUGAGUUGUGCUGAGAGGAGGUUGUUUUUCCUCAGUCACACAGUUACGCAGCUCUAGUCGGUGUGUUCGAGCGAGUCAAGUCUGAAGGGAGGUUGUGUUCACGGUGUAGGGAGCAGUAUACAUCCCGUUUCAAGCCGAAGAAUUGGAGUUCGCGCCAAAAAUCAGUGUCACACGAGGGUCCCCUACUCACAUCGGUCGUUGACGACGAGACUACUCGGCAAGUUGUUCGAUGUUUGCGGCUUUUUUUGGUUCGCGGUGGCUGGUAGGCAGGGUGUGCAGAUUGUGUAAGCACCUGCUGCUCGGUUUUCAGGACAACACCUAGAGUGCACACGGAGAGGCAACGUAUUUUCAUUGGGCGUGACAUCGGAGUCGGAAUCUGCUGCAUAUGCGUAAACCUUCCCAAAGCCGACAAGCAUUGGUAACAGAGACAUGUUGAAGUAUUGCGGAAUCGUUGGAAUACAUUUCGUGUUUCAGUCUUGCUGUAACUGUUUAGUAGGGGUACAAGGAUUGAUCCAGGCAAUGACCUGUGACUCCUGCUGAUGUUUUCCUUCUUCGCUGGGUGUCGCAUGCCGACCGAGAGCAUGAUCGGUCGGUUGCCAACAUGAUAAUCACAUCCAUACCAAAGUCCUUUUCGAGGCGUUACAAGGAUUGAUGCGGUUGUUUUAGCGUUGUUGACGGUGUUCCAUGUGGG